AUGGAUCACUUACACGCUAUCUUUUCAUAUGGCCUUAACAUGUGGCAUGAAAACCGGCUUUCUCUACUCGCCGCUCUUGGCGCGCCUUUAGGUGUGCUUUUUCACCUUACUGUCGCCCAGAUGGGGGACGUGGAAGACUUCAUGUACACUCUGAUCCCGACCAUGGCGCUCAUUGCGUUCGGCAUCUUUUCGACCUUCGUCUACUUAGGAUCUUCCAUUCCAGGCGCCCUGACUGAAUUAAGCCUUUUAGCAACUGCUUUUAACGCUGGCCUCUUUUCGAGCAUGGUCAUUUACAGAUUGUUCUUCCAUCGGCUGAGAAAGUUUCCCGGUCCUCUUAAUCUCAAGGUCUCCCGGUUCUUCUCCGUAUUCAUGGUCGCAAAAGAAGUCAAGUUCCACAAAGACGUGGCCAGAUUACACGAGAAGUAUGGGGACUUCAUUCGCGUGGGACCGCGUCAUCUAGGUAUCGUUAGAAAGUCCGCGAUCCCAAUCAUAUACGGCACAAAUACAUACUGUCACAAGUCGACCUGGUAUGUGCUGGCGGACCCCGACCCUAAUAAUGCGUCACUCAACGCUUGUAGAGACCCUAUUGAGCACAAGCGGAGGCAUAAACCGUGGGAUAAAGCGUUCGCGGUGAAAUCAUUACAAACGUACGAACCACGGAUACGAACACUGCCCAACAAAUUUGUCCAUCAAAUCUCCGAAAGAGAAGUAAUAAAUGUGGCGGACUGGUCUAACUACCUUAAUUUCGACAUCAUGGGUGAAGUUGGGUUUAGCGAAGACUUCAACUGCGUCUCAAGCGGGAUCAAGAGCCCAGUAAUCCAGGUCAUCCAGAACCAUAUGUAUUUCAUAGGUCUCCUAAGUCAUGUCCCCUGGUUGCUCAAUAUGUGCGCGAAAAUACCGGCCGCCUCGAAGACAUACUAUCCCCUUUUGGACUAUUGCCAAUCCCAAAUCAACAAGAAACGGGAGAGCCUUGCAUUCGAAAAAGAGCCUAAAGACAUCAUGUCGUGGGUCAUCAAAGCUGUCGUCGACAAAGAUGUGUCUGCUUCGCCGACCGAAUUGUCCCUCCGCGACGACGCCCGAUUGACGAUAGUCGCGGGGAGUGAGACGAGCGCAACGGUCUUGGCCAAUACUCUAUUUUUCCUGGCCAAGUAUCCCCAUGUCUUAAAAAAGCUGCAAGCUGAGAUUGACAGCGUCAUCCCGACCCCGGCGGACUGGACGUACGAGAAAGUGAAAACAAUUAAGUACGUCGACAACGUCAUUGAUGAGUCCCAGCGCCUAAAGCCCGCUCUGCUCACCGGCGGUUAUCGACAGACGCCGCCGGAGGGCAUUCAAAUCGACGAGCAGUUCAUUCCGGGAAACGUAUCCGUCUUCGUGCCUACACAGCUAAUCCAGACUGAUCCGCGCUACUGGAGACAGAAUAUGGAAUUUAUACCGGAACGGUUCGGAGAGCGGAGCGCUGAGAUGGGUACCAAUGGAGCCCCCUUUAUGCCUUUUAGUUCAGGACCCUACGGGUGCAUUGGCAAACAUCUGGCUAUGAUGGUUUUGCGGAUCUCAGUGUCCAGACUGGUGCAGCAUUUCGAUAUCAGUUUUGCGGAUGGCGAAACAGGGGAGGCGUUCGAUACAGGGGCAAAAGACAUAUUCACUACUGCCCUACAACCUCUGGUCCUAAAAUUCUCACCCAGGAAAUGAGGCGCGGCGUCGGUUGUUACAUCUAACAUUCGACGUCCUGGGAUUGGUGUCGAAAUGAUUUGGAUACUACUUUAUGAUUAUAAUCCUUUUAAAAUCCGACCUAAGCGAGAGAAGGACGAACCUAUGAUCUCAACUUUGGUUCUAAACUGCCAUCGGAUGAACUUCUCGUAUGGGCGACAACAAGGAAUGUAAAUAUAGAACUCUCCACUUGGCAAACGUCCAAUGUUCGUACUGUUGGUUGUGAUGUUCAGAACUGCGCCGCAAAGUUCGAAACAACAACAAAUUAUCGUCAUCGUGAGACCUUUAAAGGCAUUGUCCUCGUUACUAAUAUCGUACGUAGAGAGAAAAUCAGAUGUAAAUCCAUACCUCAUUAGACGGCCCCUAUGA